GGGGAAACACCCCCCUCGACUGAGCGACUUGAAGCAAUGCUCCUCACCUGGACAACCCGAGCAUAUCAAAAAUAUAGAUGGAAGGGUAGAUGGAACAAUGAUAUCUGAAGUCCAGUACAAAGCCACUGACCACCCUUGUACAGUGUCCACCUGGACAGCUAGGGGUGUCAGCUCAACGCUACCUGUAAUCAAUCACCUGCUUCACCUGUGAACCUACUUCCCUGACAAAUCAGCUGAUUACAUGACGUCACCAUGACCUCAGCGGGUCACGGAGCUGUGUUCGUGUUAACUGUUCUGAUUCAGUCCGCCGUAUAUAUUCAUACAUCUGACGUCACUCCAUCUUGUAAUUACACCCUCACGACCACCCGGGGGGUGAUCCGCUCCCCAAACUACCCCCACCCCUACCCUGGCGGGGUAACAUGCCAGUGGCACAUUACUGUAGGUAAUUAUGUAAACGUCAGCGGCCUAACGAUAGCCAUUAAACACUACUCCACGCAAGAAACGAACUCAGGAAGGCUGUUUGAGGAGGAACUUCUAAUAUAUGAAGAAAACCCUUCUUUCCCUAACGCGACUCCUGUUGUUUACACGGAGACCGAUGAUGUUUACCAGUCACAACAACACGAACUCUGGCUGAGGUUUUCAUCUGCUCCAAACAUCGGCACAAAAAGACAAGGGCCGAACGUCCUCGGCUUUGACAUACUGUACAGCGCUGUUAUCCCCGGAGACAGCUGCCCAUCUCGCGACAUCCCCGACACUCCCUUAAAUGCAUCCGUUGUUGGCAAUAGUACAGUGGGGUCGUUCAUCUCCUACAGCUGCAGCCCUGGUUUUAGACUUGACGGGGCUCGUGUGACUGUAUGUGUGUUGGGCGAGUCGGGCCAACCAACGUGGUCCGACCCCGCCCCUUUGUGUUUGGACACGUGUAAACUGCCAACUAUACCAAACGGGAACACGCAGUAUUUAGAUUUAAAAGUAAAUUCAACUUUAACAUUUUUCUGUGAUUCUCCAUACGUCGUUAAAGGAGGAGAUACGAUCAAAUGCAUUCUUGAUAACAGAGAAGUGCCAGCCUGGAACAGAUCUUCUAUACAAUGUGUAAUUCCUGAUUGUUCUAAGCGGAUGGUUCUAACACAAUUGAGUGGCGCUGUAGUGAACCCGGGUUACGCCACAAGUGUUAUCAACGCCGCCGUGAGCUGCAGUUGGCAGGUCGUUGUUGAGGUCGGUCGGAUCAUUCACCUUUCAUUUCUAUACUUCGACCUGCCCGCCGGUAGCACGCUAGAAGUGACAGACACAGGGCGCGAGAGGAGACUGAUUGUACGGUUAGUUGGUGGAGAGGCACCUCGAAAUGUCACCAGUCAAACAAAUGUAGUGGAGAUAGAGUACCAUGGUCCAGCGAGGAACUCCACCGCUCAUCAAGGCUUCUACAUACAGUAUCAGAUGGGCUCUCUCCCGAUCCUCUUAGAUGACGAGCACAGGCGCUCCAGAACCCCCAAUCUACCUCCGAUCACCACAACGCCGCCGGUGACGACCCAAAAGCCGGUGACGACGUACGUUGACGACGGCAGUGGGACAGUGAAGAUUGCCGUCGGGGUAGGUGUACCCGUGUUCAUCUGUCUGGUUGUCCUGUUGGGCUUGUAUCUCUGGUACAGGAAGAAAUAUCCCGUGAGGAUGAUUAUAGGCCGAGAGUUCGGCAAGUUCUACAAUCCCGAAUACGCUACAAAGACCACGUCCACUCUUACGCUUGUCAGAGACGAUGCUGAAGACUUCUUCCAGACUGCUUCGCGGCCUACGUCAAGCGUGAGUUUGGUGAUGGACAAAAAAUCCGGUCCUCAUUAUGAGAAUGUGGCCUUUACAAACGACCAUGAUGGGGUGACGUCCCGCGAACUGGAUGACUUGGAGCACCAGCCAGUGGACCAGGAUGCUGAAGACAGGGAGUUGAUGAAACGGAAGAGCUAUUUGUUCAGUCACAUGGAUAUAUUCGACGGGGUUGAGGAUAGCAGGAAGGAAGAGGAUUCUUCCAGCGACUCAGAUUCUGCGUCCCACAGCGAUAAAAGUCAGACGUCCAGAAGGACUCAGGAUGUUGUUGUUACCGUUGAACAAGAACAGGAACAGGAACAUGUUGCGGCUGAAAAGACAGAGUUUAAUACUUCUCAGUCAGAUGAUUCUAGUACAGGUGGUUCACGGUUAAAUAACAAUUUUCCACUCAGGAAACUGUCUCUGUCGGCUUUGAUGGAAAGAUCUAGAGACAGACGAGCAUUCACGAACGAGGAGCCGAAAUCUAGACGUCUUUCCUAUGAUGCUAGCAUGUCCGUAAGAGGUAGGUCACUAUCGGCGAAAACGCCAGGCGAGGUGACCUUGGAGGCAGAGAAGCUUACUGCUUUACUGAAUAUGUCGAAAGGUAGCUGUUGGAGUCGCUCACUUGCCGACGAUGAGGAGGAACACGCGUCUGAGGCAGCUGACAACACACCUGGCCAUACACGCGAAAAACUAAACAGAUUAAGCGACAAUGAGGAAAAUCAGGUUGAAAACCAGAAUCUAGGAGCUAUGGAUGGUGACAGUGUUGACAAUAUGGAGGAGAGGAAUGUUCUUCAGAUGUGAAAAUGUGUAUGUUUCUCCCGAAUCUACGGUGGUAACUACCGAAGAGGACAGACAUGAACGGACAAACACAGAUGGAGAGACUGAUGACGUAGUAAAUACUCAAAAUGGUGUGUAUGAACAUAUAAUAGUGAAAGAGGGGCGAUCUGGCGAUGGGGGGUUGCUAGUGGGAGACGCACCGGUGGGAGGUUCAGACACUGAAGAGCGUAUCACUGGACGUGAAGAUGAAUCGGGUGCAGAUUCUCCUGGAAAGGAGGAAACGGAUUCAAUGACAUCUGACACCAAGGAUGCACAGCAAUAUCCAAGUGUUUCUGAUUCCGAGAGGGAUUCUGUUGUGAAGGAUGAAAUAGAUUCAGUGACAUCUCAGCCGAAGAAUGAUUCUGAGAAGGAAUCUUUCAUGAAGGAUGAUGAAGACUUAGUUGAUCCAAAUGACACAGGUUAUUCUGUUGCGCCUCCAGGACAAGUCUCUGGCCUAACUGAAGGAAGCAGCCAAGGGACGUCCGACAUAAUGUCAGGGAAGGGCAUAGAUUCAUCAGACGAGGACGAUCAGUUAGGGGUGGAGGUUAAUGUGAAGACGGCAUCGGGGACAGAUCCAACUCCCUCGGAGUCUGUAUUGUUUCGGGAGUUUGACGGAGCAGAUGUAACAAAUGAAGGUGUCUCUCAUACUCAUCCGGAAUAUGUAAGCGACAGUUCUGAAUCUGAUAAACCUUUUCCUUCAUCCGCUGGUGUAGGUCAUGCCAACAAUGAGAAGGUCCAGCCAUGCGCAGAAAGUGUGACGUUAGUGUCAAGUUCAUUCCAUGCUGGGGAGGAAAGUGAUGUUGAUUAUAGACCAGCGUCCAGCAGUUUGAAAGAAGGUGAUUCAGAAGAUGGCAGUGUUAGCGAGUCCUCGGCUUCUAGUGAUGUUUCUGGGCGUUAUGAUUUUGGUAACCCCGUUCAGAAGUCAGACGAUGAAGAUGAUGGGGGUGGAGGGGGAGGGAGGAAGUGGGGAGUGAUAAGGACAUCACUCAUCAAACACACAGUCCUGAUCCACCAGAUGGUGUUGUAGUCUUCAAGCAACAGGAGGACGACGAGGAUCGGUCAAGUGUUGUGUCUGGUUUCGAACCAAAGAAAGAAGCUGGAAUAAAUCUGGAUACAAGUUCCAUAUCCUCCCUGGAUCCGUCCCUGUUAGAUACAUCAGUAGAGUUGUCCAGUUCAUCAACAGAGAGUCCUGUUCCCCAGAAGCGCAUCUCACAUCCCUCUACCUCAUCCGACCAGCCCAAGAAGCUGUCGGCGCCAGUGUUUACUAUCGGGGACGACGACGACGACUCCCACAGCGACACUUCAAGCGACUCCGAGGACGAGGACAAGCCCAGGGCCUCUAUCAGCAGCAUCAUCAACUCCAUCAACCCGAUGCCGGGCAUUGAGGAAGAGUCGGACAGCGAUGAGGGGCGGUCAAGAUCUUACAACAUCAGCGGUGUGGGUGAUGACGAGGGUGAGUCUGAAGAGGAGGAGGAUGGGCUGAAAUUCACGGACGAUGACCUGCUAGCUGAGCUGUCUGACGGCUCAAGUAAAGACGAAAGGAGUGAUAGUUCACACAAUGUCAAGGUCACGUCAGGCACGUUUGUUUUCGGGGACCCUGACGAUGAUAUUGAUGUGUAGGAGUGUAGUCAGUUAUGACACAUGCGUGCAGUGUCCUAUGAUUAGUAUUCUUCGUUUGUGGACAAGAGUGCAAGUUCGUUGGACGUCUGUGGAUAUCACUUGCAACAUGCCUUAAGGAUGAAGGGAACAACAUGGUACCAACUGGAUGAAAGUGCCUUAUUUAACACUGGUAUGUUUUAAUUUCAUGGGGGUGAAUGAACGUACCAUACUUGAGUGUGUUGUAGCUCCCAGUUCUGUAUGUGGAACGCAACAGACAUGAAUGAACGUACCAUAACGGAGUGUGUUAUAGCUCUGAAUCAUCUGUGUAAAACAACACGAAUGCAUAUAGCGGUAAGCACAGUCAGAAAUCAACUAGUCACACAAAUCAAAGUUCUAUAUUCCGAUCCUAGUAAACCUUGGAAGGAGACUGGAGAUUUGUAUAAUUAGUUCUGAUAAACAUACCUGGCCCAAGGUUUUACAGUCUACAAAGCAUCCGUCAAUGUUGUAUGUCCCAUGAAAAUAGUCUGUUUUGGCCCAACAACUGUCUGGCUCGUUUUGGAUAAACUGAAAAGGAUAAAUACGAUGUACUAAACAGUAGCACUGGAUAAAAUGUUAAUGUUUCAAAUGUUCACUGAAUAAUAAGUACCCACUAAAAUUCAUGCUUCUCUUUAAAUAUGAUCCCUUAGUUAUUUCCAUGAGUAUAUAACAUAAUAACGAACAUCUUAUUGAUCUACCGUAUUGCCUCGUGCCAAAUGUGUUAAUCUAAUGUGUGUUUCGUAUAAUCAGUACUUUUUCACUGACAAAAUAUUAGUAGCUAUUUUCACAUGUGAUAUAUUGCUUUAAAGGCGUUUCAGGUUGAGAUGGAAUCCUGUUAUCGAUAGUGUCAUGUAAAAGAUACGACACACAGUUGGAUAUUUACAAACGUGAUCAAUAUGUAGAACUGACACGCCCAGUGCUGUAUGUACAGUAUACCAGUCUAGUCUAGCUGUAUGUGAUUUAUAUGGAAGCUGUGUAUGAAGUAUUACCUAUGUUAUGAAUAAUUACAGAAUAACCAACUAGCCACGAUGAAUUGCCAUGAAUCUGAUCUGGGGAAUAUUAGCAAAUAUUGACUUGAAAAUUUGAAGUGAUAGGUUAUAUUACGUCAUUGUUGAAAACAAGACUAUGUGGUGUCACUUUUGUUGAUAACAUCCAAUAAUAUUGUUUUCAAUGUGAAAGCACAACCCACAAUGUUCAUGCAGUUUGGCCAUAGUUACUCUUUGAAUUUCACGCUACAAUGAACCUAACUAAAUGAAAGCUAACUGAUUGAUUAAAUCUUUACUGAACAGAAAGCUGACUGUGAAGUUGCUUUGUAAAGUUGACGUUUCCUGCUUUUCUUCAUUUUCUUUCUACGAUGACAAAGGCAGAUAUAUAGAAUAAUGUCAACUCGAGGGACAGAUAAUCCGUCAUUUCCCUGUAGCUCGUUGGUUAUUCUCCCAUGAAUCUUUGUGUGUAGAGUUACACAUGUUAGGGGAGGUCUGUCUCAAUAUAGAGUUGAAUCAGGUAUAUUAUAUUUUUAUAAGGCGACGACAAAGUAGUGAGGAAGUGUCCUAAAGGUAGUCAUUGAGUCAUUCCAAGCGCUGUUAAAUGUCAAAACGAGGCUUACAAUCAGGGUUAUAUGGCGUGGCGGGUUACCAAGUUUUGGUCUGGGAUGACAGAUUCAAUCAAGAAUUGAAGUAUGGAGGUCAUGUGUUGUUUUGAGCCUUUGGUAUCGUUCAAUUGCUUCCUUUAGUUCCCAAUCUGCCAAAAUACAUCCAGAUAUCUGUCAAAGCAUCGGAAAUUGGACAAAGAAAUGUCGGAAUUGAAUAUACCCAGCUCAGGAGUGGCCGAGUGGUGAAUGUGCCCCUGUACCCCUGUACAUUGCUUAUUGAAGCCCUAAUGCCGCUGGUGAGGGGCCCAGAGAGUCCAAAGUUUAUCCAUGUGUUGUCAGCAUCUUGUUGGUUUCAUCAAGUGGUAAACUUCUACUUUCACAUGCUGACAACUUAAAUAAUGUUCAAAGUUAUACCAAACUCUCUCGUAUAUUAUAAGUGUUCAAAGCGACCUUGAAGUAUACUCAUUCACUACUGUAUACGCUAAAAGCGGCGUAAAACCCAACCCACUCACUUAAUUAACAUCUAUUACUAAUGGAGCAUUGAACCUAAGCCGUUACCCACCUCACCAACUCCUGAACUCCUGGAGUAGCUUCUCAAGUUUCAUGAGCUGUGUAGGUGGGGAAAAAAUCAUAAUUCAUAUCGUGUGUGUCACAUGAUCCUUUCCUGUCGAGGGGCGGUGGGGUAGCCUCGUGGUUGAAACGUUUGCUCGUCACGUCGAAGACCUGGGUUCGAUUCCCUACAUGGGUACAAUGAGUGAAGCCCAUUUCUAGUGUACCCCGCCGGCGUAAAACCAUACUCACUCACCCCACUUUCCUAUCGAGCCUUCAUUGAUUGCGACAAGACUGCAAUGAAACAUUUUACGUACGCAUCACACACUUUGUCGUUUCCUGUAACUAGAUGUGUUUGUGUGUUGGUUGGUUAACGGCCCCUUCCAACAAUAUCACGGCAGACUAAAUUGGCUGCCAGCUAAACCACCGAGCCGCUGAUAGCUGCCUUCAACAAAAGUAAACAUGGUGAUCAUUCUUACGGAGAAUCUCCACCUACACAAAUGAGUCAAGAACAAGGUCUUUAUUAUCUGCCAAAAUCCCUGAUCACAAUGUAUUAUUGGUCGCAACAACUGUCUACACAAAUAUAUGAUGAGAAUUAUUUUCCUUAUUUGUUCAUGUAGAGAUAAAUGUAAAUUGGCCACAUGCUUGUACAUCUGAUCCUAACACUAUUCAGUCAUAUUUUACCACUUGUCCAAUAUGUUACUUCAAAAGAUGUUAUUUUUUACCCUCAGGAUUAUAUAUUAUACAAAUCGUGCAUAAUCGUACCCAACUGUGCCUUCACAAUCAUAUAGCUUUCGAGAUAUCCCACGUGUAAAACAUUAUUUGCAUGUUUGUUAGCGGCGUGUGUGUAUACACAUGUUUACUGUGCAGAUAUAUGUGAUAUACCGUUCGUCAUACACGUAUACAUAAGCAAUAGUUUUAAUAUCAACAUAUACACGUUGGUUGAAUAUUAUUGAAAUUUUGUUUAUCCUUACUUAACAGAAAAGACGAAAGGUUACGAAUAGGAAAUCAGGGGCCUACUUGUUCAACCGUCUAUCUUUGUAUAGGCCGCGUGUCACUUACUGACUUGUAUAUAUAAUUAGGUAUGUGUGUUUAUUAUGUUUUCUGUAUAUAUGUUUCAGUUGUUUUGAAAUAGAAACAGCUGAGAAUAUCUCUUCAUAAUAUUUUCAAAUAAUUGUUAUUUUACGAGUGCAUUAUAAUAGUGCUUAAUCAUACAUGUCAUUAAUUCGUAUAUUACGUAAAUUCACUUUUUGUCACACAGAGGAAGAUUGGUAAAGCGUUCGCUGUUCAAAUCAACCACCCGGGUUCGAUUCCCAGUACGACUGUAUUGGAUGAACUGUCACUGUCACGUGACUACCACACUCACUCACAUAGCCGCAUCCGUUUCUUUAGAACAUUUGUCACACAUAAUUAACAUUAUCACCGUCAAUUACCGUCCGUCUGGCAGAAUUUACCGUUUACCUGUGUGGCGUUUAUCACAGAAGAUUAACCAUAUCAUCCAAAGGACAUUUUGCUAGACUACUGUCUAAAAUCCACGUAUUUCAAAGUUAAGAACGAUCAUCUUUUUACAAGUACCUGCCUCGAUUGGCUGAAAAUUUGGUUCUUCGGCUAAAAUAUUCUCUCACUGAUACCUGUUAUGUUGAUAUUUAUGCAUUGUAUUCAUUAUUUAUUUCUAUUAGAGAUAUAACACGCUGAAUUAUUGAGGAGCUGUUGUUCUAGAGACACAGUAUUAGAACGGUAUGAGAACACUUUGCACCAUGUGUAUAUCAUUGUAAGUACAUUUGUACUUAGGUCAUCUCCAGCGACAAUCACCCAGCACACGAGACUAUUGUGAAACCUAAUAUCCAGUAUUUUAUUCUGCAUGACUUUCCCAAGAAUUAUUCGUAGUAGCAAUGUUUAUAGCCGCUUAGUCGGUUGUAAUGAAAAUGUAUUUCCCGUUCCUUUGUCAAAUUUAAAUACUCACAUAUUCAUGAACAAGUGCCAAAUGUAUUGACAGCAAUGUCUCAAGAUUCAGAGUCCCAAUAAACUCAUACCAUGAA